AUGAGCGUGGAGAUGGAUUAUUUAGAAUGGAAUAUCUCAUAUCCAGCCCUCACGUUAUGUCCAAUAAUAAAGAUAAAUUUGACGACUUUUAAUAAUUUAGUAGUCGAAUUAUCUAACAAAACGGGAAUAUAUCUGGAGUCAUAUGUGUGGGCUAUAGCAACAGCUUCUGUGCUGAACUUAAAUACCUUAGCUUUGGUGGAUCCUGGUAAUACCAACCCAAUAAAUCCCGAAGAGUAUGCAAAAACAGCAGCUAUGCUAUUUAAUCAAUUUGACAAACACGCUCUAACCACAAACUUCAACUAUUCUCUGUAUAUACAAUCUGCUAUGACUGAAUUUGGGAUGUGCCAUGUCAUUAAUUCUAACGUCGCAGUAUUCGAUGACCCUCUGAAAUGGAGAAGUGAUAAUGUAAAUUAUGUUAAAACUAACGUCGAAUUAUCUGCGUUUGACGCAGAUUUCUACGCUGAUGUUAUUAACGACGAUGUUGUAUCUCAUAUUUACGUACACAGUCCGAAUGAGCCGAUGAUAAGUACCUUUCCUUCGUACACCGUAGACUCAGAUGGCUUUAUGACGUACGGCUUUCAAAUAUGGAGCACAAAAAUAUCAAAGGAGCUUCGUUCUGCCUCAAUACAAGUCCGACAGUGCAGAUUUCUCGAUGAGCCAAUAAGUACAAGGUAUCCAGUAUAUUCGUACAAUAAUUGUUUAUUGGAAUGUCGUAUUCAGUUAAUUAAAAAGCUAUGCGGCUGUGUACCACAUUUUUAUAAGAUCACAGGAAAUGAACGCACCUGUAAACUCUCCGAGCUCACUUGUUUUGUUCAGAAUAGGAAAGAGAUCAUGGCAUUAUCCGUUACUAAGGAGACAUUGAUGAAAUUUAGUUCAAGUGCCCACUUACCUAGAACUCCGAAAGACUGCUCCUGUCUAAGCAACUGUGAGACGGAUAUUUAUCGUAAAGAUCGCGAGGAGUACACACCUGAACCGUCUGCGAGCAGAGUGAGAAUUAUUUUCACCGCAUUCCCGAAAAUGAGAAUCGUAAGAGAUAGAAUCUUUAGUUUUUCAGAUAUGUUCUUGAGAAGUGGUGGCGCUGUGAACACAUGUAUUGGAGCCUCCGUUAUUUCAAUAAUGGAAAUAAUUUUAGAUAUAUUUAGAUAUCCAAUAUACUAUCUAACACAAGCUACUGUAAAUUUCGGCCAUAAACUAAUGUAUUAUUUUCUACGUAAAUUAUAAGUUAAGACGAUUGACCACGAUCCCACCGACUGAGAGUGAAGAUUUGGUCGAAAGAUGGUACGCGCUACCCUAAUAAAUACUCAUUCACUCUUUUCUUGAAGGCCCCCACGUCAUAUCUGGCCGUAAAAACCGACGCUGGCAACUUAAUUCAAACCUUCUUCUAACCAAAGUGUAAUUAUGUUUUUUAAGUUCUAAAUUC